GAAGUUUGCAGUUGUAUCGGGCAUUUCUUUGCUGUCAGGGUGAUGCUGCUCAUCAUGGGCUGCCUUUCCAUGGAGCCUGGUGGGUCCACUGACAGGAUUUGGUGGAACACUGCCUGAAGGAUUUGGUGAGAGUGUGAGGAGGAGCAGCAGAAUCCAUCAUUUGCUGCAUUUUGAUCCUUUGUAGGAGCUGUUGGCAAGGCCCAAGAUCUGCAUUAGCCGUGGAAUAGAGUCAAGACUGUUCUUUUCCCAAGAUAUGAGAAAAAUAUCCUUGGUUGUGGCCAGGGGCAGGGGCACAGCCUAUCCCUAAGCAGAAGGGCUUUUGUAGAGAUUUGAAGCAUCUGAAUGAGGUGGACAUCAGAGGGUGAAAACCCCGGCGAGGCCAGAGAAGCCCCAGCAUUGUGCAACCUGGUCCCCUUUUCUGUGCUUGUGGGUGGGGUUAACAUAAAUCUAAUCCAUCAGCUUUUUGCUGCAAAGUCUUUUGCGUUUACCCAAGGUAAUUUGGGAUCCCUCUGCAGCAUUCUCUGCCAUUUUUGUUUGCACCUGUACCUGACUGGUACCCACGGGAGGUUUUAAUCAUGAUCCAGCAGUUGUUGUUCUGCAAAAACUCAUCCAGCAGAGUGCCAGAGCGCAGGGUCAGGGCUGUCCUAUCCCUGCAUGGGAGGAUGACUCGGGGAUAAGUCUCCCCAUAAUGAGGUGGUGGCCACACGUUCUCGUCAACAAGGUUACCUUUUUCACUCGACGGGUGUAUUUGACACCACCCUAGGAGAUCGGAGUAUUCCCGCUACAGGGGCAUGGGCGGUGCCAGACGUGCAGCUGCUGGGGCAGGACGGGCAGUGACCCCUGAAGGACAGCGGAAUCGUCUCUGUCCCGGUAUAUAUAGCGGGAGCAGCGGGCCGGGAGCCCGGGCACGGCAGCAGCGGGACAGGUGCUGAGCUGCCCCUGCACAGCGCUCGCUUCCCAGCUGCGCUCUGCCCUGCGCUCAGCCAGCCCAGCUGCACCUGCACGGCCUGACUGCACCAUCCCGAGAUGGGACAGGACAAUUCCAAACUCCAGCCUGGAGACCUGAUCGAGAUCGACCGGCCACGUCAUCAGCACUGGGCCCUGUACAUAGGGAAUGGAUAUGUCAUCAAUUUGAUACCUGCUGGUAAGCAGGACCUAAAGGUGGGAGUCCACACCCUGCCACUAUUCAUCAGAAAAGUGAAGAAGCAGCUCCUGAAGGAGGUGGUGCGAAAUCAUAAAUGGCGUGUCAACAACAAGUAUGACCACUCAUACAAGCCUCUCCAAAAGAAGGAGAUCAUUUGUCGUGCUGAGAGAUAUGAUGACAGGAAGUUGAACUACUGGGGGUUUGGUAGCAACUGUGAGCACUUUGUGACAAAUCUCCGCUAUGGUGACCAGCUGAGCACUUUUGUGGGUAGUGAAUUGCAAAAUCUUGAUAUGACAGAAGACAAGAACUCCCCCAACCCUGGGGACCUGAUCGAGAUCAAAAUGGGAGGAUCUUAUGAGCACUGGGCCCUCUGCGUAGGGAAACAACAUGUUAUCCAUAUGACACCUCUAGAUGAAGAAACCACAACCCUGUCAGCCAGCAGUGAGUCAGUACUCACCAGAAAGGCCAGGGUUACCAAGGAGCUCCUGGAAGCAGUGGCCAGAAAUGAUGACUGGUCUGUCAAUAACAAGUGUGACCUUUUCCGCACGCCUCUGCCCGUGGAGGAGAUCAUCUGGCGUGCUCAUGGCUGCAUUGGCAAGGAGCUGACAUAUGAUGUGCUUAGUAGAUGCUCUGAGGAUUUUGUGACAAAUCUCCGCUAUGGUGGCCCGCUGAGGGCUUUAUUAUGUGGAGAAAUGCAAAAUCUUGAUAUGACAGAAGACAAGAACUACCCCAACCCUGGGGACCUGAUCGAGAUCAAGCGAUCAGGGUACCAGCACUGGGCCCUCUACUUGCGGAAAGGAUAUGUCAUCCAUGUGACAGAUGUAGAUGAAGGAAAUACAUCCCUGUCAUCCAACAGUGGGUCAGUAUUUCUCAGAAAUGCCAUAGUGAGGAAGGAGCUCCUGAAAGCAGUGGCUGGAAAUUAUAAAUGGCGUGUCAACAACAAGUACGACUGUUACCGCACUCCUUUCCCAAUGAAGGAGAUCAUCCGGCGUGCUGAACCAUGGAUUGGCAAGAAGCUGCCAUAUCGUUUGUUCCGCAAGAACUGUGAGCACUUUGUGACAAAGCUGCGCUAUGGAGAUGGAGUCUCUGAGCAGGCCAAGACAGCACUUCAAAAUAUCAAUUCCGUUUCUUCUGUAGUGUUGGGUGGGAUAGGAGUUGGCAGUCUUAUUGCUGCAGCCGGUAUUCCUGUGGUUGGUCUUCCUCUUAUGGCUUCUGCUUCUUUAGCGGCUGCUGGUGGUGGUAGUCUUCUUGGCAGUAUUGGUUUCACUUUCAGCAAUAUUGCUGAUUCCUUCACUUCUGCCAAAUUUGAAAAGGCAGGGAGAGAUAUACUAGAAAAGAGUUGCUGUUAGGAAGAGCUCAAGCAAGUCAUGGAGUGCCUGGUCACUGUUCAGCUUUUGCCAAAAGUGUAAAGAAGGCUUACUAGCAACUGCUGUGAUAAUUAAUUCAAAGACAUAUUACAAUGUAAAAAUUCAAACUCAUCUUGCCUAAAAUUGUCUUUAAUCUGUUUGAGGACAGCUUUGUGUGCAAGUUCAACAGUUCUGCCUUGCUCCACUCUGCCGUCCCCCUAGAAGUAAUAAAUCAUGAAUGUCACCAUUCAAGGUGACCCCCAGCAGCACUAGCCUGGUUUCUGCAUCUGCUUUUAUUUCAUUGUCUGUAGUGAUUUUUGUGGUAGUGCACAAGCACUUUUGUUCCAGAUUGCAAGGCAAUAUGUAUUCUAUUAACAUCUGUAUGGCAGUUGUCUGGCGUCAAGUGGGCAAUUCUCCUUAUCUCUCCUCCUGAGUGAUCAUAAUCACUCCUCAUCUGCUGAUAAUAAGCUAUUGAAUGUGACUAAUGACUGAUAAGAACUGUAACAUCCCAUCGUGAGAUGCCCCGCCCAGAGGGAGGAGCCAAGCAUUGCUGCCCAGUUAUAAUCUGGAGGUUCUGACACACCAGCACGGCUUCCCACUGGAUUUCCCAGAGGACCAGCAGCUGCUUCUGCUUCCACGGAUCUGCGGAGGAAGAAUACAUCCUUUUCUACAGGACCCCCUGCUCCAACAGAACCACACCUGACACCUCAGGAGGACUGCAGCCACUUUUCCAACUGGAUGGCUACCAACAGCCUGACCAACAGGGUGUCAGGUUGAGUUCUGACUCUGUCAGUGUUGUUCUAGUGCAUUGCAUUGUUUUAUUUUAUCCUUUUAUUUUUUUUCUUUCCCUAUUAAAGAACUAUAAUUUCC